CGACGGCCUAGGGUUAGGUGUAGAUUGAACAGUUUUGACAGGGGCUGACGAUUGAUCGGCGGCGGCCUUCCUUAAUCGGCGAGGGGAGUUGAAAGGGGCUCUCGGUUAGCAUUCUGGGUUAGACCUCUCUUCGGUCGAUAGGCGAGUGUUAGUUGUUUUCGGCGGACGUUUUGUGCGAAGGAGUUUUUUUGGUCUGCGAGUAGGCUUUGCGUGUCAGUGCAAUUUCGGCUUGGAGAUGGCAGUAAUGAAUGCACAACAGGAGGUGAUGAGGUUGGCACAAGAAUACGGCAACAUGGAUGAUGAAGAUGAGACCAUUUUGGUGAAAGGCAUGGCUCCCAGUGCGGCGAAUGGGAGUCAGCGCUUGUCGGGACCAUCACAUAGGAAAAGUCGGGUAUGUCCGGCGGAAAAAUAGUGUCCCCCCCAAAUAGCAGAUUGAUGACGGGUGACAAGUUUGGUGAAUCUAAGAGUUCGGUCGGUGAUGAAGUAUCAAUUACAGCCGUCCAGAUGGCCCGACCUCCUCCUGAACAAGUUGGAGUUUUGGCUGUUCGUGGAAGGCCUCAGUUAGAAGGGAUCAAGAAUAAUGGAGCUUGGCAAGUAGUGGCCUGCUCUUUUAGUUUGCUUUUCAUAAUUUUAUCUUCCAGUGUGUCUUUGAUGUUGGAUUCUUUGUCGUUUGUGUGUUACACUGCUGUGGUGGGUAGGUUUUUUAUGCCAAGAAGUAAGAAGGCUUCAAAACCGGAGUUAAUCUUCAAAUCUCUCGCAAGGUUAGCGACUCGAUCUGCUCAAUCAUGGUGGUCGUUUAUAUGUCUAAUCAGAGGCUGGGGGACCUUCGGGUUAUGGUGAGUCUAGUAG